AUGACAGCGUUGUUUUCUAUCGAUCAGGUAAAGUAUGAAUGUAGUUGUGGCGAAUGGGAAAGCUUGAAUCGCUUGUACUUUUGUCGACACUGUUCCAACAUCCGGUGUAUGUUAUGUGUAAGUCAAGAAACGGACACUUCGUUCUGUCCCUCGUGUCUUGACAACGUAUCGACCGGUGAAGCACGACAAAAGAGAAAUAGGUGCUCCAACUGCUACCAGUGUCCUGUUUGCGGAAUGAGUGCUGUUAUACGGGCAUCCAACGAAACUUAUCAUUUAUCAUGCAAUACCUGUCGUUGGACGACGACAGAUUCGGGUAUACCUGACUCCACUUCAUCAACAACUUGGCCACAAUAUCAGUUUGAAGAUGAGCAGCUGUUGUCUGCAUUUCUAGAAACAAUGAGAAAUUACGCAGCUAUCGAAAGAGCUGAUCGUGAACGGCACAAAUAUUAUAAAAGAAGAACAAACCUUAGUACCGUUCUUCCGGAUCGUUUUGGUCUACAGACAAUGUAUAACCGACGAAAAGCAAUGUUAGCUGAACGAACAGAAAAGAAAUUCCCAGCACUAGAAUCUACAGAUGAUGUAGCACCACUGGAUGAUUCCAUUUUUGACGAGCACGAAACAAGUAUAGAAAGCAUUCCAACUUUGAUGCAAGAAACAAAACAACCUCUAGCCAGUGGGCGACCUCUCUUACCAAUUAGAACGCCUCUUGCUGGACGUCAUUCACUGCGUUGCAAACAGUGCGAUCACAGUUUGUGCAAAGGAGAAUACAGUCCUACUUCGAUUAAAUUCAAGAUUCAGGUUCUGGCUGGAAAUCAUGUGCCCGAUAUUCGUCUGUCACGUCAAGCAGCUCUUGUAAGCAAUCAGUGGUGCCCACUUUUUCUCACUGUAUCCAACUUCUCCGCGAGUCUUGCACGCGUUGUAAUUACUCCAUAUACAAAUGACGAUGAGUCGUAUGUUAAGUGCGAUUCUUCUGUCAUUGAGUUGUCUGUACCAAAUAGAGAUGAUGCGAUGGAGUGGGAUGAAACAUUUGAAAAGUCUGCUAACGAAACUGAAAGUUUAAUUGUGUUCAGACGACGGCAUCGCAUUGGUAUAAGAUUUAAUGUUUAUGCGACUGGAGGCGAGGAUAGAAAAUUGGCAUUAGUUGUGAAGUACAAUAACUGUAGCAGUUCAUUCGAACAUAGUGGUGAUCAGACUUGGCUUCAACACAAGGUUUGCGUAUUCCUGGGUAUGGCUAAAGCUGCAGAAGAAUUUGUUGCUGCUAUUUUAUGUGAACUUUUCUAUUUGCUAGAAAUUACUGCAGCGAUGGGAACCAAGACAGGUGAUGAAAAGUUUGGACAUGCAUUGCAUGACGAUCUCACGCUGUCUGCCAUCUGUAAGAAAAUAAAACAGAAAGAGAGCGAGGGAAACCGGCGAGUUCGUUUAAGUCGGCGUGCGUGGAAGUACCGGAUUGAUGAUAAUGAAAAUGAAAAAGAAGCUUGCUUGCAACGCUGUGCAUAUGUUAGUCGUCGAACGCAAUUGGCAUGUAAAAACUAUCGCCGUUCUUCAGAGCUGACACUGGAAGGUUUUUGCGAAGUGCAUACUCAUUUUUUCCAACAACUGGCACAGUAUGCUGAAGCGGAGCAACGUCGUAUUGAAAGGACUCUGCUCAAUAACGCGAAAGAUAUGUCUACAAUCGCUGAUGAUGAAACACUGAUGACGGUGGAAGACUGGGCUUGUUCAGAACAAGAUUUGUUCAAUGAUCUUUUUUUGGAUGACGAUGAUGAAGACCCUCUUAAGAAUGCUGAAGUUUGGACUGAUGAAGAAGUAGUUCGCUGUCAACUAAUUGCUCUUGAACGGAAAUUGUCUGUCACUCGUGAUUUACGGAAAUUGAUAGCCGAAAAAGUACGUCGUCUCACUGCUUCUUACACGAAGGAUAUGGAAGACCAAAAGAAAGGGAAAGCAAAAAUUGAAGAUAGUCGCUUACAGGAGAUUCAGCUUGCUAAUGGGAAGUAUCACUCAUAUCAUUCAUCAAAGGAUCAAUAUAUGUUGAGAAGAUUGAAGGCAAGACUUGAGUGGGAUGGUUCUGAGGAACACAAAUUAGAUUAUCUUAAAAUAGAUGACAUGAAAAGUACACAGUGCAUCUUCAUUCCUGAAAGUAAUAUUCUGUUAAAUGACAAAUAUUACGAAACAGUCACUGGUUCAAUUCUUGAAAGAAGCAAAGAGCCAAAUGAAACGAGUGUGGAGCACGAUUCUCACAUUAUUCGAGGUCUGUUAAACAAACUAUGUAAACAAAUCGAACAAGCUUUGAAUUCUGGAAAAGACCCGACACGUAUUUCUCUUGAGAAUAAAAGUGAAAUGGGGAUGAAGAAAAUGCAUCGUUGUUCGAAUUGGACACUUCCAAAAUUGAAUCAUUGUAUUGCACACAUUUAUGAUGAUCGUCGACAACAUCUUUUUGCAUCAUGUGUCGUAUGCGGCGCCCUGGGUUUGGAUUUUGGUGAUGGAUUGAAUUUCUGUUUCAAACAUAUUGCUAGAAGAAAUCAGACUUCGAUCAGUACUGUGGACCAUUGGGAAACAAUUACCAUGCAGCAAGGAGUGGUUCCAAUAAGCAACACAUCGGGUAUCCGCAAUACACCUACUAUUGUACAAGCACAAAAUGAUGUAAGGUCUGACUCGAAAUCAUUGGCAGAUUCUUCUGCGACUGCUGCUGAUGGUGGAGGAGAUGUCGAUGAAGGAAAUAAGAACAUACCUAUAAAAUUCAUUGUCAUUGAUGAAAGAAGAGAUGAGAAAAGUGGAACUAAUGUAAAAAUAAAUACGUCAGCUAAAGGAACCGUAAGAAACUCUGGAGAUGUAUUACAACAUGGUGUAUCACUACAUAGGCCAUGGCAAGAAGAAGAUCUUCACUCUUGUGCUCGAACUAGACCGUUUGUGACCGAGAAUUUUCCCAAAACCAAAAUAAGACGAACCGCUGGAACUCGAUAUUCACUGUCAGACGUCAGGGAUUAUUUAGGCGGUAAUGUGUUAAGUCCCUCCAUAUAUCGCUCACAAGAACAGCUGUCGAAAUCAAUGGUGCAGGAUCUUUUAAAUGGUGGACCAACCAGAGCAGCAGCAUCAGCAUCACAGUUAAUUUCUAGAAGAAUUGCAGCCCCCACAACCAGUUUUACCCCUAAAAUUGGAUUCAAAAGAACUGUCUAUAAUACGGUAAAUAGAUCGGUUGUUGAACCUCCUGAAAUGAUAUCAUUGAGAUCAACAAGCAAUGCGUCUGUUGCACCAUCGAUGAAUUUAACAUCUGCAUCUUCUAGACUCGCUCUACAAAGACCAAUCGUAUUGCGAAAUCGCACAGGAACAUCAUCAUCUCCCGUCCCUGGGCAACCGGUACACUUACCUCCACGCUAUAUUGCUACUGUAGGCACUUCUCGUCCAUUACCGAACUGGCGUAACCGUAGUACUAUUUCAUUGGACAAUAGAAUAAAACGAGCACCAGCGAAUGUUGUUUUACCUAUGGAUUACUCUAAUCGACCUGCGAAUGCAGCAACAUCCAGGAUUGGUCCCUAUUUCCGGCGACGUGAUGAGCGACAAUUCAUAAGUGGAAAUGCACGGUCACGGCUUGUUGCUAUCGAUUCAUUAUCUUAUACUGCUCCACGAGUUCAACCGCGCUCGUCUUAUUCACUUCCUACAUUUCGACAGGAGAUCCCGAGGCCAGUAGUUUGUCGAUCUCGUAUUACAGCCGAACCGAAGCCACCACCAACAGCCUCAGCCGAAACUCUAGAAACAGCGGCAGCUGUAGCUAGUAUAGCUGCUGAUUUAGAAACAUCUGAGGAUAAAGACGAUGAACCUGAUGAAAUAAUUGGAAGACUCGAAGCAUCUGCUUGGCAGACCGCUGAAAAACCACCAAUCGCUCAGAAAUUAGCUUCUGAACAACGUGCAGCAACUAGAUCAAUUGAUAAAAAAGUUGAUAGGCAUAUAUUUUUUAGGGAUGUACCAAGUGCAUCGGAAACCAGUAAUAAGUGCUCAACUACCUUGCUUUCAAGACAAUCAAGUGGUGAAAGUACGGAAGAUGGAUUAUCAGUGCUUGCAAUGGCUGCUGCGUCACGAGCUUUUGAUUCCGACCAAUCACCACCGCCUUCCAAAAAAUCCAAGUAUGGCCAGUUAGGCUUGGAAGAAGAAGAUGAUGAAUGA